AGCUGUACCACGCGCACGCACCGAUACGGCUGUAGCUUCUUUAGCACCUGUAUACCGCGGCAAUCGUAUACACGGAGGUGGACCUACUCGACCGGUGUCUCUUUGGAGUAGUAUACAGUGUACCGUUUGGCGAAGGAGUGGUUUGCCGGGCUAGUUGCAUCGACUGGAGGAGGAGAUAUCACGACGAGAGCACCGGGACUGAGAAGCCGCAGCAACAGAUAUCAAGAUGAGCCCGAAGGUCCUGGCAAUGAGAGUCCUGUGCCUCUGGCUGUUGAGCCUCGUGGGUGGCACGCCGUUGGACGACUCGGCGUCGUUGAAGGAGGCAGAGUCACCUGCAUCGCCGGUGGCCCCAAACUCGCUGAUGCCGUCGGCCGGGUCGCAGCACAAGCAGUACUACUACGCGCCCGAGGAAAAGCGGGCCUUUACCUAUCGCUCGGAGGGUAAGAGGCUGCCGGUGUUCUCGUUCGGCCUCGGCAAGCGGGGAGAGGAGGAGGCCUUCCGGGCGGACGACUACCUCAGGGAGGACGCGGGACUCGUGGGAGAUAAGCGAGGCCAGCCCUUCUCGUUCGGGCUGGGCAAGCGCGCCAAGCCGUACACCUUCGGACUGGGCAAGCGUAGCAGCUACGACGAGGCGACGCGCUUCUCGCCAAAGUACCAAAACCUCAUGUCCAACGUGUACACCCAGAAGCUCCUGGAAAAUUAUCUGGAAUCCAAGCGCGCGAGCGCCGGUGGCUUCAACUUUGGCCUGGGCAAACGAGAUGUGGACUACGACAUGCCGGACAGGCUAACGGUGAAGCACUCGAGGGACAACCGGUACGGGUUCGGUCUCGGCAAGAGGGACGGCAUGAACCCGGAGGAGUACUACGACGAGGACGACGCCUCCGUCAACUCGGCGCAGUUCGUCUAAGGGACCGCACCAUCCGAUGCACGAAAGAGUUACCGCGAAACAUUGUACAACUUGUUUCUUUGCUCCGCCAAACAAAGUGCGUGUUUUAUUUGCAUCAAGGCACACGACGAGCAGUCGUAUAUCUAUAUACAUGUGUUUGUUCAUUCGUGAACAUUAACUCAUGGCCUACGUUUUUUUUAAAUAUGCACGGAAAUUAAAAUCUCACGUACACAGACACACGCACUUUGGUUGGCAGUUUAUCUCGGAUCGUUUGGACGCGCGAGCGAAAGUUUUUUUUUUUUUUUUUUUUCGUUUCAACAUUAAGUAUACGCGAGAUGCGCAUUGUUUGUAUAGUCCCUAAGAAUUUUAAACAUAUUUAUCUAUCAUAUAUUGUACGUUAUGAAAAAAAAAGAAAAAAGAAAAAAGAAAAAUAACGAAAUCUAGUCUUGGUGUCCUCCGACUGUAUCGACUCGUGUGUACUAUUAAAUACAUAUACAUAUAUAUAUGCUACUGCUACCUAUAUAUAUACGUGAUGUUCAAUCUUGUGCACAAAUCGUGCAAUUUUGCGUUCCUUGAUUGUUUGUUUGUAUACCCCGUGGUUUGCGCGAGGCAAAAGAAGCUGUGCGUUAUUAAUCAUCCCUCUCUUGAAUUCGCCAACUAUGUACUGCACACACACUUGUCAAUUUACCGACUAUAUUUGUACGAGCACAAAAGUAAAGACGACGAAUAUAGUAAGAUAGAGAAAGAUUACAGGAGAUAAAAAAGAAAAAAAAAAGAAAAAAAAAAAGAAAAAAAAAUGUUGGCUCGACGAGGCUAAGGAAAGACUGAGCUGUAGAGAAAUGAAAGAGUGAAUGCUGCAGUGUAUACACGAGGGCGAUGAGUCGCUGGUUGUAAGAGAAAAAAAAACUACGUUGCGCGUGGAUUAUAUAUAUACAUACAUCUCUGCUCUGUGUGUUUUACAAUCCAUAUAACUACUGUACGAUUCACGCGAUAUGUAUACAUGUGUAUGCCCUGCGAGACGCCACGAGCUCUGUAAUACGAAGGAAAAUAAAUUAAUCUCGAGUCAAAGUGUAUACCGUACAAACGUCUCUGUGAAAGCAAACAAAUAAAAGAAAAAAACAAUUGUGA